UUUACCACCAAAUACCCAUAUAUCCAUAUCAAUCAACAAAUCACAUCUCUUUACAGUGUCUCCUUCAGUUAUUCUACACAGCAAAUUUUGAAAAAAAAUAAAAAAAUGGUGAUGCCCAACAACACCAAGCGAGAAAACCAAAUAACUCAAACAGAACCAGAAUACGACCGAAAAACCGAACUAAAAGCCUUUGACGACACAAAAACCGGCGUCAAAGGCCUAGUCGACUCAGGCAUCACUCAUGUCCCACGUAUUUUCAUUCAUCCGCCACAAAAUUUACGACAUAUCGCCAAAAAAAGUGACUCGGAUUUAAUCGUCCCUAUCUUCGACCUCGCAAAUGUCGAAAAAGGCCAGAUCCUGAAUGCAUGUCGAGAUUGGGGGUUUUUCCAAGUGGUGAAUCACGGUAUACGUGAAAGUAUCUUGGAGGAGAUGUUGAGUGGGGUUCGUAGGUUUCACGAGCAAGAUGACGAGAUAAAGAGGCAGUAUUACACGCGGGAUUUCGAGAAGAAGAUGAUUUACAAUAGCAACUUUGAUUUGUAUAGUUCCGCCGCAGCUAACUGGAGGGACUCCUUUAAUUGCAUUAUGGCUCCUUAUCCACCUGACCCUCAGGAAUUCCCUUUUGCUUGCAGGGAUAUUUUGAUGGAAUAUGCAAUGCAUGUGAUGGAGCUGGGGAAAUCUCUGUUCAAGUUACUAUCUGAGGCACUUGAACUCAAGCCAGACCACCUUGUAGACAUGGAUUGCGCUCAAACACUUGCGCUUUUCGGACAUUAUUACCCUUCAUGCCCGCAGCCUGAAUUAACUUUAGGCACGACCAAACACUCGGACUACAGCUUCUUAACAAUUCUUUUGCAGGAUAACUUGGGAGGGCUUCAGGUGCUGCAUGAGGAUCAGUGGGUGGAUGUUCCUCCUUCUCCAGGGGCUCUUGUAGUCAACAUUGGAGAUCUUUUGCAGGCAACUCAUCUUUUGGUGUUAGCUAGCCAUUUGGGUCCAAGAACAUCGUUGGCUGCAUUCUUUGGCAGAGAUACUUGUGAUAUGAACUCUCGAGUCUAUGGUCCGAUUGAAGAGCUUUCAUCCAAAGACAAUCCUCCGAAGUAUCGAGCAAUCAAGAUCAGUGAGUACACUGAUUAUGUUCGCAGCAGAGGAUUGGAUGGAAGUUCUGCUUUGCAGAAUUUUAAGCUUUAG